CCUGUAUCACAUUGAAUAACACUUGAAAUCAAUCAACGCGAGUCGAGGCGACGAAAGUUGGGCGACAGCGGCCUUUUCUGUCGUCGUGACAGAGACCUGGGCUUAAAUGUAGACUUUUUUUAUUAAUAUUUAUCUACAUAAAUGAUCUCUGAGUGAGAAACUGACGACUCUACUGUCUGAACUUCUCCUCUCGUGUCGACGUAAAACUUCGACAUAAUCAGGAAGUCCGGGGACUUUUUUUCCCCUCGGUUCAUGAAACUUGAAUGGAUAGUAGAUGUGCCACCUUUUUACGACAAAUAAUGAAGAGUCGGACCGGAUAACGCGUAGUUAACUUAUUAAUGUAGUUUAAACCAUUGUUACUAGCAUAUUAACUUAUUUUAGUCGUUUUUUUUUAAACCGGAACACCUGGGAUUUUCACUUUGAGAGUGAGAGGGAUGGAUGUUCCUCACCUCACUGAAGAUGAAAUGGCGGAGAUUAAAAAAGACGUGCUGACCAGGCUGCGGCACUACCUCUGUGACAAGAUCAAAGCCGAGCGCCACCUGGACUACCUGCGCUCUCGCAGGAUCCUGACACGGGAUGACGCCGAGGAGAUCAGCUGCAGGACCACGCAGACCAAGAGGACGGCCAUGUUGUUGGACAUACUGGCCGAGAACCCACGGGGCCUGGACGCCUUGAUCGACUCCAUCAGGGAGUUGCGCUCGCAAAACUUUAUCAUCACCAAGAUCACGGACGAGGUGCAGAAGGCCAAAAAUGAGAAGAUUGAGGCUCUCAGAGGGGCCUCCAGUUCCUCAUCCGACAGCAACCUCAGCACACCAAGCACAACCACCGACCUCCCCCCAACGUUCUCAAACAGCUCCACCCUGCUCUUCCACCCAGACGGAGAGCAAAGCCCCUCGACUUCAGACGUAGCGGGCUCGCUCAACCUGCCGUCUUUACACAGAGGCGGAAAUUUGCACUCCGUGUCCGGUGCUAGCAUUGCCGCUGCCUCCUCCUCCACCGCGACCUCCUCCAGCCUCCCGAAGCCUGGCGACCCCGGGGCGCCUGCCGUGCCGGAUGAGGUGAUGGUCGAAUCCCCCUCUAACAUGGACGCAGCGGGGCCAGGGUGCUCCAGCAGCGGAGGCGACCCAAACUUCCAGCCCCUGCGGUCGCGCUCGCUCACUCCGACGUCGCACAAGAGCAUCUUUUAAUUCCACAUCUCAACAAGACAGUUCUGUUAAAAUGCAGUUAAAGUGACAAACUGGCAUGGUCAUCAACCACUCAUCUCAACUCAUUUACAAACACUUUCUCAUUGUGUCUUUUUGGUGUUGCUCUUGCCUUUGAUUAGGCAGUUUCUUGACAAAGUGCUGCACAUGAGAUAUACUACAUUUUACCACUGAACCAAUCAGCUUUUUGGAGAGAAAAUAGGGACAUUUUGUCACUGGGGUACUGUUUGAAGGUUUUUGUUACCUAACCCAAUUUAUUUCCUUAGUUUUUUUUCCUAUGUUUUUCUAUUAAUCCCAAAUAUAAGAAGUCAAGUGAGUGUUUAAACAGAAGCAGGUGUGCAAGAACUGUGCCUUAAUGAAAUUUGGCAGUUACUUAAAUCACAAUGCCUAAUAUUUUCUGAGCAAUGAAAAUCUGACUCAUCCUCUUUAACCUUUUCUCCUGUUAUCAAAAGUGUGAUUUCCUGAUAAACUGUAUAGUGUGAAGACAUGUCAGCUAUAGUUAAGGUGCAGUGAGAAAGAAAAAAAAAAGUUAUAUACACUGGAAUGACUACUUGAGCAUAUAUAUGUGUAAUGAGCCAGUCUUAUGUUUUAACAUGCUGCCUUUGACCAGAGCCGUGUAGCUUCGAAUGAUGUUUUCCCGCUUCUGUCUGUGCAGCAUUAAGUCAAGAAGAAGUUGUGUAACAUUUUCAGCACUACAGAAGUCUUGAAUCACAAAGAAAGAUUGUAAAAUGCAAAUGUCCCACUUUUUAAAAAACUUUUUUCCCUUGUACAAUAAUCUGUUUCAUACUAAAGGGUUUCUAUAUGAAUUCAA